AUGGCACUGCGCCUGCGUGGGGUCGCCGACCCAGCGGUGAGAUCUGUCGUAGCAUUCAGCGGUACCGACGAUGGAGUUCCUGGAAACCGCGGCGAAAUCAUAGGACACAUCGAGCUAGGUCCACCAGGGGGGUUCUCGCCUUUGACGAAUGUCUGUGACUGGGAGCUGUUGAGCGUGUACUCCUCUUGCAGGGGCAAGGGCAUUGCAGCACAAUUGAUCAGGUACGCUCUUGCAGUGGCACUCGGCCCUGCGCAGGUGCAGGAAAAGCUGGGAGUACACCUCAACCGCAGCCUCGAGUCAGCUCAGCAGUCGCGUAAUGGAACAACGCAGCCGGCUGGGACUACUCGAUCGGAUGCCAAACAUGCCCUUGGUGUCAUCACCAUCAACGAGAACGUCGUCGGACGCAGCUUCUACACGAAGCUUGGAGGAAAGCUAACGGAGACCUAUACAGUGACGCUCUUGGACGAGAAGAUUGGCUGCGUCGCCUUUGUCUGGGACUGGGAAGGCAUACAUAGACUGAUGUUGUGAUAGGCCCGGCGUCCAAGGUGGUCUCAGGGGCGUGUAAUACGCUUCUCUCCUGUCUCUGGCUUUUAGUGCGAGGGUGAGGGAGGGGGUGUCUGCUUCUCUCCUGU